AUGACUUCACGAAUAUCACGAGCUGCGUCGCCCUGUGUGCGUCAAUUGCGCAGAGAAUCACACUUCUCUCACAGGCCAUGGACAACGACUCUUCGCAGUAUUUCGACGUCGCCAAACCAUUCGGCAGCGGUAACCGAGAUCCGAAAACCAAUUGACUACUCUCCCAUCACCAAGCCUCCCAGCGCCCGGCCUGUUGAGACGAGAAAAAGCCAGUUGAUCCGAACCUACACAUCACUCCUCCGGACGACCCCCUUGAUCUUAUUCUUUCAACAUAGCAAUUUGACGGCCGUAGAGUGGGCUGCAGUGCGGCGAGAGCUGAAGAAGGCUCUUUCCACAGUUCCCAAGCCCAAUGCGAUUCCUGGUGCUGAACCUGUCGAUAUCACCCCAUUAGUCCAAUUACAGGUGGUGCGAACCAACAUGCUGCGCGUGGCGCUCAAGCUUGUUGAGUUCUACGACCCUGAAGCUGCUGCUGCGUCAGACAAGACAACAAGAACGGUGCGGGGUCCUGUUGUUCAUGAUCUUUCCGAAGCUGCAUAUGAAACCAUUAAGAAUGCCCAAGUGCCCGAGGACUCCAGCUACGCUCAGAUCGAGCCAGUAAUGGUUGGCCCUUUGGCUGCACUGGUUCUCCCUGCCGUCUCUCCGACCCACCUUGCGGCAGCAUUGAGUGUUCUGGCACCCGUUCCGGGCAAAUUCCCGGCUCCUUCAAGAAAGAAGAACCCCGGUUUUCACGAUCCCAUCUGCCAAAGUGGUCUUGCUAAGUUACUACUUGUCGGUGGCCGCGUUGAAGGCAAGAUCUUUGAUCAAUCUGGUAUCAACUGGGUUGGCGGUAUUGAGGGCGGCCUGGAAGGCUUGAGGGGCCAGUUGGUGGCCAUGCUCCAAGGUGUUGGAUUGGGCAUCACCAGUACCCUGGAGGGCGGAAGCAGAAGCUUGUGGUUGGCUCUGGAGGGCAGAAAAGGCCAGCUAGAAGACGAGAUCAAGGGCGACAAAAAGGAUGGCGAAUGA